UAACGCAAGACCAGCUAUCAGCUUUUAUCACGAGUUCAUUUAUUUAUCCUGUUACGCAAUUUCACUACUUCUCAGUACCUCAUGACUUGUGUUAGGCUUCAGUCAAUAAUAUGAACAGUUAGAGUGAGACUUGUUAUCGUGUUGGUAUAUUAGAAGUCUUUUUUAAUUACGUUCAUCAGCGUUGGGACAGCUCACCAUGAGUCACCGAUCAUCUGCGGCCAGAAGUCAAUCAUUUAUGGAUUUCUCUGAAACGGAGCUGAACAAACUGCAGCGCCAGUAUCUCAGAGCAGAGGCAGCCAACAGGGCGUACAUGAAGAAAACCAAAGUCAUCCUCAACAGAGACCAGCGAGAGAUCCAGAGGCUUCAGGAUGAACAUGAGGAGCUUACACGCAGUCUCAGAGGGUCCCAUGGUUGUUCCACCCAUCAGGCUGAUGCUCAAAAUGCCUUGUUGGCCUCUGGAGACAGACUAGAUGUGGAGCUGGAGGCUGAAAAGGCCAAAGUGGUGUCUCUGAAAAGCCAAAUCCUGGAAUGGGAAAAGAAGCUGGCCGGACUGAGGGGUGAUAGGUCAUCCACAAGCGGCAGCUGCAAACCUGAUGACAGACGCUUACUAAAACCCACACGCCUAAUUGAAAACAAACUUCACAGGGGACGGAAAAACUUGAGUAAGUUGAUGACCAGGAAUGGAGAGCUUAGAGAGGAGCUGAAGACACUUCAGGUGGAGAAGAAGCAUUUCCUACGUGUUAAAUCCCUGCUGGAAAAGGAGCUGCAUGCGAUUCACAAGGAUGUUUGUAACCUGAUGACUAAAUACAAUGAAGCCUUUAAUGUCAGUGGGAAGAACAAAGAAAAACUGAAGAUAAUGAAGGAGCAGAAUGACAAAGAUGUGACUCAGUUCAUCAGACAAAGGAUCAGCCUGGAGCGAGAAAUCUCCCAUUACUGCAACUUUGAGCGCUUCAUGCACAUGAAGGUGUCUGCAAACAUCAACCAAGACAUCGACCACAGAGAAGCGGAGAAGUUGAAGCUGCUGGAGUCUAAGGCAUGGGGAGUGGGGGAUUUUCAGAGGGCUAUCACAGAAAUGCUAAAAGAAACAGAAGAAAAUGACCUGGACAAGCUGGUGCAGGACUUCAUACAAACGGAGAAGCAGAACUAUACGUUACUGAACUUCAUCAACAGACAGUGCAGCGAAGCGGAGGCCAUUCGAAGCCAGAUCUCUCAGCUUGGCAGUCGGAGAGAGGUCUGUGAGGUCGAAGAGCGGCGGCGGCAGGAACAGCAUCGAGCAUUUCUCCGGACCGUUUCCACCGAGCAAAAGGCUGUUGAGCAGCAGCUGGCAGCUCAUCAGCAGCACACCGAGCGGCUUGAAAAGCUCUUAGAUCAGGUCAAAGAAGCCGUCAGCACAAUGCUUCAGCUCAGCUUCGACAGCUCAGUGAUCUGCGAUGAGUUGGGCUCUGCUGAUGGAGUCCUGGACGACAACAUCGCACAGUGCCUGAGGAUGCUGGAGGACAAACUCAUUGAGCUUUUCACCCUUCAGUCCUACCUUCACUUCCAGCAGAAACUCAGCCAGUGGGACACUGACAGCCUCUGCACCAUCGCUGCCCAGCUCCUGGGAAUAACCUCCCAAGGAGUCAAAGUGACCACCGCCGCAGCACCUUGCCUCGAUUCAGAUUCGACGGAGUCAGUUCUGCUCGAGGCAAAGAGUCCAAUGAGUAGAGAGGAGCUACUAACGCUGAUCGACAAGAGGAUUCAGAGCAGAAAGACGACAAACUGAGCUUGAGUUUACAGUUGGAGCAUCUUUGUGGAGCCUUCACGAAACCACUAAACAAGCCUGUGAUGUGCUUAAAACAAACCCCACUGUUACCUGCUUGGUGUAAUAAGUGUAAUGUUUUAGAUUUAGGCUCGUAUGCAGUGUUACGUCGCUUUGUUCUCAGAUAGUGGCACUGAUAAGUUCAAUAAAUGAUUUUGAGUUAA